AUGGUCUCAACACCUCCAACCCUAUUAAUGCUAUUUGAUGAUGGAGAUGCUGGUCCUAGUACUGGUUUAGUCCACCGAGAAAAAUCUGAUGCUGUUAAUGAAGAAGCCCACGCAACAUCAGUACCUCCUCAUGCACCGCCACAAACCCUUUGGCUAUUAGAUAACUUCAACAUUGAGGACUCUUAUGACCGAGAUGCUGGUCCUAGUACUGGUCCAGUCCACAGAGAAAGAUCAGAUGCUGUUAAUGAAGAAGCCCACGCAACAUCAAUACCUCCUCAUGCACCGCCACAAACCCUUUGGCUAUUAGAUAACUUCAACAUUGAGGACUCUUAUGACCGAGAUGCCGGUCCUAGUACUAGUCCAAUAGACCGAGAAGCAUCUCAUGAAGUCAAUGAAGACGCCCACGCAACAUCAGCACCUCCUCAUGUAAUGGUCUCACCACUACAAAACAGAAGACCAUUUGAUCAAUUCAACAACCAACCUUAUGAUGCGAGUGCUGGUCCUAGUACUGGUCCAGGAAAGCGAGGACGUGGCCGACCAAAGGGUUCGAAAAAUGGGUCGAGAAAGCCAAAAAAGCCAAAAGCAUAUGACAACAACUCUACUGAUGCGAGUGCUGGUCCUAGUUCUGGUCUAGGAAAACGAAGAUGUGGCCGACCAAAGGGUUUAAAAAACAGGUCGAGAAAGCCAAAGAAGCCAAAAGCAGAUGAUCCUAAUAGCAAAAUGGUUAUCUCUUGUCCGGAUUUUGAUUCAAGGAUAACCGAAGCAGAGAGAGAAAGCGGAAACCAGGAGAUAGUUGAUUCGAUUUUGAUGCGGUUUGACGCGGUUAGACGGCGGUUAUGCCAACUAAACUACCGGAAAGACAAGAUCCUUACAGCGUCAACUAAUUGCAUGAAUUUGGGGGUCCGGACAAACAUGACGAGGAGAAUUGGACCCAUUCCCGGAGUACAAGUAGGUGAUAUAUUCUAUUACUGGUGUGAAAUGUGUUUAGUCGGGCUUCACAGAAACACGGCUGGAGGCAUUGAUAGUCUAUUGGCUAAAGAGAGUGGAGUGGAUGGUCCUGCUGCUACGAGUGUGGUAACAUCAGGAAAGUACGACAAUGAAACCGAGGAUCUUGAAACGUUGAUCUAUAGCGGACAUGGUGGUAAACCAUGUGAUCAAGUUUUACAAAGAGGAAACCGUGCACUAGAAGCAAGUGUAAGAAGAAGGAAUGAAGUAAGAGUCAUAAGAGGGGAGCUCUAUAAUAAUGAGAAGGUAUAUAUCUAUGAUGGACUUUAUCUGGUCUCUGAUUGCUGGCAAGUGACAGGAAAAUCCGGUUUCAAGGAGUAUAGGUUCAAACUGCUGAGGAAACCAGGCCAACCUCCUGGUUAUGCAAUCUGGAAAUUAGUUGAAAAUUUGAGGAAUCAUGAAUUGAUUGAUCCAAGACAAGGUUUUAUACUUGGAGAUCUUUCUUUUGGAGAAGAGGGUUUACGAGUUCCGCUCGUUAAUGAAGUCGAUGAAGAAGACAAAACGAUUCCUGACGAUUUUGACUACAUUAGAUCUCAGUGUUACUCAGGUAUGACGAAUGAUGUUAAUGUUGAUAGUCAAUCACUUGUUCAGUCAUACAUUCAUCAAAACUGCACAUGCAUUCUAAAAAACUGUGGUCAGUUACCAUACCAUGACAACAUUUUGGUUUGUCGUAAACCAUUGAUUUACGAGUGUGGUGGAUCUUGUCCAACCCGAAUGGUUGAAACCGGUUUGAAGCUCCACUUGGAAGUGUUUAAGACAUCAAACUGUGGUUGGGGUUUACGUUCUUGGGAUCCAAUCCGAGCUGGAACUUUUAUCUGCGAGUUUACUGGUGUGAGCAAGACGAAAGAAGAAGUAGAAGAAGAUGACGACUACUUGUUCGAUACAUCUCGGAUUUAUCAUAGCUUCAGAUGGAACUAUGAACCGGAGCUUUUGUGUGAAGAUGCUUGCGAACAAGUCUCUGAAGAUGCUAAUCUUCCAACGCAAGUCUUGAUAAGCGCCAAGGAGAAAGGAAAUGUUGGUCGGUUCAUGAACCACAACUGUUGGCCUAAUGUUUUCUGGCAGCCUAUAGAGUAUGAUGAUAACAACGGUCACAUAUAUGUUCGCAUUGGACUUUUUGCGAUGAAGCACAUUCCUCCAAUGACAGAGUUAACAUAUGACUAUGGAAUUUCUUGUGUGGAGAAGACUGGAGAAGACGAAGUAAUUUAUAAAGGAAAGAAGAUUUGUCUCUGUGGUUCAGUCAAAUGUCGUGGCUCUUUUGGCUGA